AUUAUGAUAUAUGAUAUUUUUGAUUAAUGGUGUCCUUAGAAAAAAAACUCAAAUUUUCACAGUGUCUGCGGAAAUUCUUUUGACUUGACUUUCGUAAUAUUUCCGUUUUAAAAAAAAUAAAAACAGAUUUUAAAAAAAUGAGCCACAGGAAGCUCUCUGUGACACUAAGGAGAAAUGUAAAAGAUGCAACACGAACAUCCGUGUCACAGUCUGCUCACGUCUCCGUCCGCAUGUGAACGCUCGCAUGCGAAGAUCAAUAUCUCUUCAUUCAUUCAAUCAGCUCUCCGACUCCGUUCCCUCUCCAUUUUUCUUUCUUUAAACAUUUCUGUCUCUUUCAUCUCUCGAAGCAUUAAGACAAUGUUUUCUGUUCUGACAAGUUCUUACUCAGAUCUUCAGUGUGACUCGGGUAAUUACUUUCCACUGGCUCGGAGCUAUUUAAAGCUCUGCUGCGUGAUUGACGCUGCAGUAUGACUUUAUUAUUCCUGUUUUUAAACCGCUGUUUUCAAAAGCUUGACCGAGAAUGUGGCGUUCGUUUGUAUCCAGGUGAGAAUGACAGGAAAAGAAAAACCAAUGCAAACAAUACGCACAUGAUUCGGGCCUAGAAUCAUGAUAAAACUGUUUUUUUUAACUUAUAAAACUGGUAUUUUGUCAGAGUUUGAGUUCAUCUUCGUAUUAAUUCUAUUGAAGAAGGAAAGAAAGAAAGAAAGAUUUGGACUCAGGAUACUAUGCUGAUGUGAUAGUGUGUGUGUGUGUGUGUGUUUGUUUGUGUGUGUGUGUGUGUGUGGUACCCCGUGAUGCACCACCACUGCAUUCCUGCUUCCCUGUGUUCCCGGGAAUGGACUCCAUAGCUCCACAGCAACUGUCAAAAGGGUGCACAAACUUUUGAGCACGUUAAGACAAAUAUAAAUAUCGGAAAUCUAAAAAUUUAUAUCUCAGUUCCGACUGGUCAGAAGGUGAUGAGUACAUUUCUAUAGCAGCAGCUCAGAUACUCUACCGUUUCCAUGGAAACAGCUUAGACAGAGACUUGUAUAUCAAACAGAUGUUAAUAUUCAAAGCAAACCUUGAUCUGAUUUGCUGAUGUUUUGUGUAAGGAGUAAGGAAGGAGUCUCCAGUGUCAGUGUUCAUGAUUUUGGGGAUAGUUUUUCUAGUUGAAUUUUUCCAAUCAUUUCUAGCUGCUAUAACAUUAGUGAUAACAAGGAUAGCACCACGACAUUAACCCUAACACUAAACGGAUGCAUGGUCUCGGUCUGUCGGUGUGAGUAUGAGGAAUUCGGAGGAACAUUUCGGGCUGCAUGGCACCACCUUGGCUUUGAUUAUUUGUCCUACGACGGCAUGCCUUGUCGUGUUUUAUUCCUUAUAUAGUGUAGGGUGAUUCCCUCGGGAGCUGGAACGUUCACUCCCUCUGCGCCGUCUCCGACAGCUCGAUGUGCUGCACAUGCACAAAUAGUGUUGGCACUUCAACCUCGUUCAUUUUCCUCUCUCUCUCUCUCUCUCUCUCUCUCUCUCUCUCUACUGAACCUCCCAGUGCUGCCGUCGGUUCCUCGGUCAGUCGCUGCAAAUCUGCUGUAAGGAAACUAAAAAUUCAUUUAGUCCGACCCCAAAUCAGAGGGUGUCUGCACCACGGCCUUAUUACACACCGGGCCUAACUUGUGUUGUGGAGGUGGAUGGGGUAUUAUUAUCUCUGUGCUACCCACCCAGCUAUAAAAACGACUAGUGCUGCAUCUCUACAUCACACACUGCCCCUGCACUAGUCCUCUCUCUCUCUCUCUCCCUCCCUCUCUCUCUCUCUCUCUGUCUCUCCCUCUCUCUCUCUUUCCGCUGUACAGUGGGGUCCACCUCUUCUCUUCUGUUCUCUUCUCUUCCCUCUCGCACUCAUCCACUUGCUCUCGGUACCACGCACGCAUGAGUGACUGAGUGUGUGCGUGUGUGUGUGUGUGUGUGAGUGUGUGUGUGUGUGUGUGUGUGUGUGCGCGUGCGUGUGUGUGAGAGAGAAAGAGAGAGAGACGUUGUUUCUGCCACUGUUGGAUGUGUUUUUUUUUUUGUGAAUGGAGGGAAGAUGAGCGGAUGAGUGAGAAUGGACAGGGAGCGCGGCAUAAAAGACAGGAGAUGAGACAGAGAGAGAGAGAGACAGAGAAACAGAGAGACGAACAUCACUCCAUAGUCUCAGGAUAAGUCACACACAUUCCAGAGGAGGCUCAGGAUUCUUAUAAGACUAUGGCACACAGUGAGGAGGACCUGAUUGGGAUCCCCUUCCCGAAUCACAGCAGCGAUGUCCUGUGCAGUCUGAAUGAACAGCGUCGUGACGGUUUCCUCUGUGAUGUUGUCCUGGUAGUGAAGGACCAGGAGUACCGAACACACCGCUCCGUGCUGGCUGCCUGCAGUCAGUACUUCAAAAAACUCUUCACCGUGGCCACGGGUGACGGCGACCCCGGCCAUCACGGUGUUUACGAGCUGGACUUUGUAGCACCCGAGUCGCUGACGGCAAUUUUGGAGUUCGCGUACACGUCGACACUGACUGUGACGCCGUCCAACGUGAAGGAGAUCCUGGGUGCAGCACGCCUUUUGGAGAUCCCGUGUAUCAUUAACGUAUGUUUGGAGAUCAUGGACACCGGCGGAGGGGGUGGUACCGGUGGUGGAGAAGGAGAAGGAGAAGAAGAGGAGGAUGAGGAAGAAGAUGAGGAAGAGGAGGAGGAUGAGGAAGAAGAGGAAAUGGCAGAAGAGGCAGAGAAUGACUCGAAAGACGGUGAGAUUGAAGAACGUGAUGAGGACAACAUCAGCGAAAGAUCUCUCCAAGCAGAUGCUUCUGAAAACCAUGAGAAUAGAAAGGCUGGUGGAGAACGAGGAGCAGACAGUCCUGCAUGCAGCUCACAACAGAAGGUACAUUCAGAAAGAGACUUGCCAAACUCUCAGAGAUGCCAAUCACGUACCCCGGAAAAACCCAGAGAGCAAGAAGGACUGGAAGGCAGAGCGCUGAAAGACUUUUCCAUCGAGUCCCUGCUGCAGGAAGGGCUGUACCCAAAGAUGCCAGGACUGGAGAGAGGGUCAGGGUUCACCUCUCUCCUUCCUGGAUUCUAUCCUCCAAUUUGGGCUACAGAGUUUCCAGGCUUCCCACAGCUCCUGGAUCCCCAAUGCCCGCCUCACCCAUACCCAUCUGCAUCGUUGGACAACGGGCCCUUGGAUCUGGCCAUCAAGAAAGAAGUCAUCAAAGAGGAACUAAAAGACGAGCUCCCCAGUGCUCUGCUCCAUCGAGAAUUCCUCAAAGACUUUGUAAGCCCAAGCAUCGGUGCAGCUCCUGAACCCCCUCUGGGCCAGAUUAAGGACGAAGCAGACCUGCGAAACUACUUGAGUUUCCUCUCAGCGUCCCACCUAGGGUCGCUGUUUCCACCAUGGCAGCUAGAGGAAGAGCGUAAGCUGAAGCCCAAAGCAUCGCAGCAGUGUCCCAUCUGCAACAAGGUCAUCCAGGGUGCAGGCAAACUACCUCGGCACAUGAGGACGCACACAGGCGAGAAACCCUACAUGUGUACCAUCUGCGAGGUCCGCUUCACAAGGCAAGACAAGCUAAAGAUCCACAUGCGCAAGCACACGGGCGAGCGACCCUACAUGUGCCUGCACUGCAACUCCAAAUUUGUGCACAACUACGACCUGAAGAACCAUCUGCGUAUCCAUACAGGCGUACGGCCCUACCAGUGCGAGCACUGCUACAAGAGCUUCACCCGCUCUGACCACCUGCACCGGCACAUCAAGCGUCAGAGCUGCCGCGUGUCGCGUCCACGCCGGGGACGCAAACCCUCCUCUUCCUGGCGCUCCUCCUCCGGCUUUUUCUAUCCUCCGGAUGCCCACCCACUACAAGGAGACCAAACAUUGCAUCUGCCAUCCCUCGGAGCGCCGGUGCCUGCUCAACUCCCUGAAAGACGGCAGGAAUUAGACAGCGGCAGCAGCAGAGAGAAUCUGACCGACAGGAAGCUUAUCUCAGAGGAUGUGGACAGGAAGAGGGGGGUGUUCGCUUUUGCCCUGGCAAGGGAGGACGUUCUACCGCACCCAGCCUUUUACCCCCCAAACCCUGAUCCCUGGACCGUGAGACUGGAGCGAGUGCCACCCGUUCCUGAAGCCGCAAACUGACCGCUCAGAAGUUUUUUUUCGGUCAUGCACAACUCUUUUUUUCCUUAAUGUGACUGAGAAGAAGAAUAGACACCUUCAAGUCUGGAACGUUCCCUGCAACGGGUGUGCACUUGAGCAGAAAUCGCUUUCCUGAAUUUCUGAGACUUUGCAAAUCAUAUUGACAAAUUGCUGAUUUUAACUGAUGUCUUUUUUUCCCGUUGUUGUUUAAUCGUCAGCUUUCUAAUGUGAUGCCAGGGAUUUUAAAAAGGAUCAAAAAAAUGGUUGAUAUCUCGGACAUGUAUUUGUAUUUAUGAUUCUUCUGGUUGUUUAUGGUUCUGUAUUUGCUAACAAGGGUAAAUUAAAGUGGGACUAAAACCUACCCACAGACUGUUAAGUGCAAUUCUUUUUCUUUUUUUUUCCUCCAUUCCAAAGUUAACACAGGUAAGUCAGGUAUCUAAAGGGACGAAUAACUUCCAUAACCUCUCAGACGUAAGCUACAGGCGUAUCAGUGCAUCUGGAAAAAGUAUCUACUCCAGCUAAAUUUACUUACACCACUAUGCAAAGAUGACAUGAAUAAAUGUUUAGAUGUUAGAAAUUUUUUUUAUCGCGAAUUAACGCGAAACAAUUUAACAGUCGAGGUUUUGGUGACGAAAAACAGAUUCAAAGAAUUAUAGCAAGCAAUAUGAUGCCUAAUUGCAUUUUACGUAUAUUUUAAAAUAAAAAUAAUCUAGAUUCAUUUUUAUCUUGACAACCAGUGCAAAAAAAAAAUUAUUUCGGAUUUACUUUCAGACUCAACAUAUCUAGUUUACCCUUGAUUAGUGUCCGACGCUUCGUAUGCACUAUUGUACAUAUUUUAUAUCAUGUUUUAUAUAAUCUUAUGGUGAAGUCGCUAACUAUUGUUGUAAAGUAUUUAGACCAUCGAUCAUUUUGAACAUUUCUGGAAAAACACCCAAAGAUGUGUUGUAUCGAGAACAAACUUGAAAGUCUUUUUAAAAAAAUAAAAAUAAAAAAUCACAUUUUUAAAUCUCUUAACUUUAAAUGGCUUAACUAAAAGUUGUUCAGUCUUUUACUUUCCUUUCUUUUUAUUUUCUAGCUAUGAGUUUGCCGAGUUUUGAAGAAGUGUCUUGCGGGUGCUUGUCAUGUACAGAAAUGAAAAACAGGGACUGUGUCCAUCAUUUUGAUAUUAUUCAUUCCUCUUUAUAGCUAAAUGACUAUUGUACGGUGUUUGAACUGCUAUGGAGAAAAUAUUUUCAAGCUAUUUAUGCAUAUUUAAAUAGGCCUUGGCUAUAUUUUGCUAAGAUGUUUUUUAUAAAGACACUAAAAUGUCCUUGUUUUUUUUUUUGUCUGUACCAAGAAAAGAAAAAAAUCGGCAUUUUUUUCUUUUUCUUUAUUAUCUUUUUUUUUUUUAAAA